CCCGCGGUGCUAGAGGCCUGUCACUUCUUCCGGGUGCUGCCUCCUCGCUGGAGCAGGAUCCCCUCUCUCGGGGGUCUCCGCGGGCCUGUGACGCGGCUCUCCCCGGCCCUCCGGUUGAAACUUGUAUGGCAGUCAUUUAUAUGGAUCUGUGAUGGAUCUAUAACUAUGUCCCAAGUCAAGCCAACAUCAUUUUGAGCAUCCUCUUCUGAAUGUGAAGGAACAUUUUGAACAGUGAAGUUGCAAGAUCUUACUGAUCAAGACAACUGGAACUAUGUUGUGCUGGGGAAAUGCAUCCUUUGGACAGCUUGGAUUGGGUGGAAUUGAUGAAGAGAUUGUAUUAGAACCCAGAAAAAGUGACUUUUUCCUAAAUAAAAAGGUCCGAGAUGUAGGAUGUGGACUCAGACACACUGUUUUUGUCCUGGAUGAUGGGACUGUGUAUACAUGUGGAUGUAAUGAUCUAGGACAAUUAGGGCAUGAAAAAUCCAGAAAGAGACCAGAGCAUGUUGGUGCCCUGGAUGCCCAGAAUAUUGUGUCUGCUUCAUGUGGAGAAGCCCACACACUAGCAUUAAAUGACAAGGGCCAAGUGUAUGCUUGGGGUCUUGCUACUGAUGGACAGCUUGGCUUGCCUGGAACAGAGGAAUGUAUCAGAAUACCCAGAAAUAUCAAAAGCUUAUCGGAUAUCCAAAUAAUGCAAGUUGCCUGUGGCUACUGUCACUCACUUGCACUCUCAAAAGGAAGUGAAGUUUAUUCCUGGGGACAGAAUAAAUAUGGCCAACUGGGUAUAGGUUAUGAAUUUAAAAAGCAGACUUCACCUCAACUGAUUAAAUCUUUACUGGGAAUCCCUUUUGCACAAAUUGCAGCAGGAGGAGCACAUAGUUUUGUACUAACUCUUUCCGGAGCCAUUUUUGGAUGGGGACGCAACAAAUUUGGUCAACUUGGUCUUAAUGAUGAAAAUGACAGGUAUGUUCCUAAUCUGCUGAAGUCCCUAAGAUCUCAGAAAAUUAUUCACAUCUGUUGUGGAGAAGAUCAUACAGCUGCUCUUACAAAGGAAGGUGGGGUUUUUACAUUUGGAGCUGGAGGCUAUGGACAAUUGGGUCAUAACUCUACCAGCCAUGAGAUAAACCCAAGGAAAGUUUUUGAACUUAUGGGAAGCAUUGUCACACAGAUCGCUUGUGGGAGGCAGCACACCUCUGCAUUUGUUCCUUCAUCUGGAAGAAUUUACUCCUUUGGUCUUGGAGGUAAUGGACAGUUAGGAACAGGAUCAACCAGUAAUAGGAAAAGUCCCUUCACAGUAAAAGGAAACUGGAUUCCUUAUAGUGGGCAGUGCCCACCAAGCACAGACAGUGAAGAAUAUUAUUGUGUAAAGAGAAUUUUCUCUGGUGGAGAUCAGAGUUUUUCACACUACUUUAAUCCACAGAACAUGAUGCCACCAGAUGACUUCAGAUGUCCUGACUCUUCAAAGCAGAUCUGGACUGUGAACGAAGUAUUUAUUCAGAAAUUGCUGACUUGUCCAUCUGGAAGGCUUCCUGUGGAGAUAGCUGAUGAAAUAGAUGGAACAUUUUCUUCAGCUGGCUGCCUAAAUGGGAGUUUUUUAGCUGUCAGCAAUGAUGAUCACUAUAGAACUAGUGCUCGAUUCUCGGGGGUUGAUAUGAACGCUGCUAGACUACUAUUUCACAAACUUAUAAGUCCUGACCAUCCUCGUAUAUCACAACAGGUUGCAGCUAGUUUGGAGAAGAACCUUAUUCCUAAAUUGACUACUUCCUUACCUGAUGUUGAAGCCCUAAGGCUGUAUCUCACUCUACCAGAAUGCCCACUGAUGAGUGAUGUGAACAAUUUUACAACAUUAGCUAUUCCUUUUGGAACAGCUGUUGUAAAUCUAGAAAAAGCUCCACUGAAAGUACUUGAAAACUGGUGGUCUAUACUUGAACCUCCAUUGUUCCUCAAGAUAGUGGAGCUGUACAAGGAUGUUGUGGUCCACCUCCUGAAAUUAUACAAGAUUGGUAUCCCCAAUUCUGAAAGAAGAAUCUUUACCAGUUUUCUACACACUUCUCUCAAAGUUCUGGAAAUUUUACAUAGGGUAAAUGAGAGAGGAGGACAAAUUAUACAGUAUGACAAAUUUUACAUUCAUGAAAUACAAGACUUGAUAGACAUCAGAAAUGACUACAUCAACUGGAUCCAGCAGCAGGCAUAUGGAAUGGACAUCAACCAUGGAUUAACUGAGCUAACAGAAAAUCCAGUUACAAUUUGCACAUACCCUUUCGUGUUCGAUGCACAGGCAAAAACUACGCUCUUGCAAACAGAUGCUGUCUUACAAAUGCAGAUGGCUGUUGACCAGGCUCACAGACAGAAUUUCUCAUCUAUUUUUCUCCCUGUAUUUGAAUCUGUCAAUCCUUGUCUAAUAUUAGUGGUGCGCAGAGACAAUAUUGUAGGAGAUGCUAUGGAAGUCCUAAGGAAAACGAAGAAUGUAGAUUACAAGAAACCACUCAAGGUUAUUUUUGUAGGGGAAGAAGCUGUUGAUGCAGGAGGUGUUCGCAAAGAAUUUUUCUUGCUCAUCAUGAGAGAGUUGCUUGAUCCCAAAUAUGGAAUGUUUAGGUACUAUGAAGAGUCCAGGCUCAUCUGGUUCUCUGACAAGACCUUUGAAGACAGUGACUUGUUCCAUUUGAUUGGUGUUGUCUGUGGGCUCGCAAUAUAUAAUUUUACUAUUGUAGACCUUCAGUUCCCCUUGGCUUUGUACAAGAAGCUGUUGAAUAAGAAGCCUUCUCUAGAUGACUUAAAAGAGUUAAUGCCUGAUGUUGGCAGAAGUAUGCAGCAGUUACUGGACUAUCCAGAAGAUGACAUAGAGGAGACAUUUUGUCUCAACUUUACGAUCACUGUGGAAAAUUUUGGAACAACAGAAGUAAAAGAGCUGGUUCCUAAAGGUGCUGACAUUCCUGUGGUCAAACAAAAUAGGCAAGAAUUUGUAGACGCCUAUGUGGAUUACAUCUUCAGUAAAUCAGUGGCUUCCUUAUUUGAUGCAUUCCACACAGGCUUUCAUAAGGUGUGUGGUGGUAAAGUUCUUCAGCUCUUCCAGCCCAGUGAGCUGCAGGCGAUGGUGAUUGGGAACACAAAUUAUGAUUGGAAAGAACUGGAGAAGAAUACAGAAUAUAAAGGAGAAUAUUGGGCAGACCAUCCUACAAUUAAAAUAUUUUGGGAUGUUUUUCAUGAGUUACCACUGGAAAAGAAAAAGCAGUUUCUGUUGUUUUUAACAGGCAGUGAUCGUAUUCCUAUUCUUGGAAUGAAGUGUCUUAAACUAGUCAUCCAGCCAACAGGAGGUGGAGAAGGGUAUCUUCCAGUAUCUCACACUUGCUUUAAUCUUCUUGAUCUUCCAAAAUACACAGACAAAGAAACCCUAAAAUCUAAGCUGAUCCAGGCAAUAGAUCACAAUGAAGGCUUCAGUUUAGUAUAACUUUAGAAAUGAGAUAUUGUACUUGUUUAAUGUGGGAGCAUUAAACUAAUUCUUUGUGUCUUUCUUGUGGUGGUAAGUUCAGUGGACAAGUUGACAAUGUAACAACUGGUUAUUUACAAAAUGUUCAGUGAUAUGAAUAUUCAUGGAAGGCAAAAAGUCCUUACAAAAAUGAACCGUUAAUACACAACUUGUAUAGAACCAUGUUUUUGUCAUCUUAAAAUAAAAAUGAGACUGUGAAUGAGACUCAAGUUUCACAAACAUGAAUUUCAACAUUUCACAUAUUAUAAAAACAAUUUAGCGUCUGAGUGCAUGAAAGACUUGCUUAAUUUUUUUCAAUCACAGAGUGAAAACACUUUUUCCUAUUAUGAUAGUCCCAUUUGAUUAUUUUUCAUUUUGUAAAUAAAGCUUUGUAAUAAAAUAGUUUCAGUUCUGAUAGCAGUAUGGUUUCUA